AUGCCACCGCCUCCAGAGUCCGCGCCCGGACUCGAGGCCCAGACCAACAAUCAUGAGUCCGGCGCAGAAACCGCCUCCAACGGCUACGCAUACAACACCACACCAUCACCACCACCCAAACCCGUUGUCCCGGCGCCCCAGCGCGCCCUCGCCCCGGACCUCCUCCGCGGGCUACUGAUGCUCUUCAUGGCCUUCGACCACAACACCGUCGGCCUCAACGCCUGGCGCCACUCCACGGGCCCGCCCGACGGCGAGCGCGACUCCGUCCCCGUCGACUCCUGGAACUGGUGGUUCGGCUACCUCGUCCGCACCCUCUCCCACCUCUGCGCCCCGGGCUUCACCUUCCUCCUCGGCAUGGGCGUCGUCUACUUCGGCCGCUCCCGCAGCAGGCUCGGCUGGUCCGCCGCGCGCAUGGCCCGCCACUUUGCCGUUCGCGGCGCCGUGCUGACGCUGGUGUCGGUCGUCCUCGGGCUCGUGCUCACGGGUGGCAGGUUCUGGUUCAUGAACGUCGUCCUCGUCGCGCUGGGGGUGGACUACGUCCUCGCUGGGCUUCUCUGGCUCGGUAUCGCAGCCACGGAGCCCGCUCUCGCCGCCCUCCUCGACCGGUACAUCUUCACAGAUGAAGGCGGCCGCGAGAGAGAACCUCUGCUCGAACACGCAGGCCACCACACCCCCUCCGGCACCAAACCCUCCUCCAAAGCGACCACCAUCUCCUGGCACGCCCACAACGCCCUUCUCCUCGCCCUCUCCCUCGUCACCAUCUGGUGGAACAUCUGGCUCUCCCCAACCCACGGCACCUGCACCACCACCGCCACCACCUCCUACGCAAACGACUUCUGGCGCUUCUGGUUCUUCGAAGUCAUCUCCCCGCACGUCGUCUCUCCCUUCCCGCCUCUCGCCUGGCUCUCCUUCGCCAUCCUCGGCCUCCUCUACGCCCGCCUCGUCACCGCCCGCCCGCACCUCCCCGUUCCGUCCCAAGUCUGCGCCAACAUCACCGCCGGCCUGCUCUUCCUCGCCGCCUUCGUCCUCACCCGCUUGCUGCGCGUCGGGAACCUCUCCGAGCACUGCCUCCGCGCGCCCGAGCACCUCGCCCACCCCGCCACAAACCCGUACCUCGCGUCCCCAGCGUCCUUCUUCUACAUCGUAAAGUACCCGCCCGACGUCGCCUUCUACUGCUUCACCCUAGCGGGCACCUUCUUCCUUCUCGCUGCUUUCUCAGCCGUGCCGCCCAAGUUCGCGACGCGGUGGCUGGGCGUGCUGCUCGCCUUCGGGACGUCGGCGCUGUUCUUUUACGUGCUGCACAUGGUUAUUCUCAUGAGCAUGUGUUUGUUGCUGGUGGCGCUGGUCGGGCGCGACACGGGGCUGCCGCCGCCGCCGGACGGACGGCCCGCGACGGGGGUGGACAAUGUGUGGGUGUGGGCGCUCAACUGGGCGUUUGUGAUGAGCGUGAUGUACCCGCUGUGUAGGUGGUACAGCGGCUUCAAGAAGAAGAGAGGCGCGGAUUCGGUGUGGAGGUUCUUUUAG